ACAUUAUCGUUCACUACUAGCUAAGCAAAAUCAAGCUACAUCCACACCUUAGUCUUCUUCUAAACCUCAAAGUAUAAAGAUUUGAUAUCAGUAUCAUGGGUGUUUUUACUUUCUCCGAAGAGAACAUCUCCGCUGUUGCCCCUGCCACGCUCUACAAGGCUCUCGUCUUUGAUGGUGACAACCUCAUCCCUAAAGUUGUCGACGCCGUCCAGAGCGUCGACAUCCUCGAAGGAACCGGUGGCCCUGGAACCAUCAAGAAGAUCAAUUACCUCGAAGGAGGACAGUUGCACUACGCAAAGCACAAGGUGGAAGCGGUGGACAAAGACAACUUCGUAUACAACUAUACCUUAGUGGAGAGCGACACUUUCCCUGAGACAUUGGACAAGAUCGCCGUUGAGACCAAGUUGGCAGCAGCUCCUAACGGUGGCUCCGUCGUUAAGGUGACGGUUAAUUACGUGACAAAGGGAGACGUGAAGCCCAGCGAAGAAGAGCUCAAGAUUGGGAAGCAGAAGGGAGAUGGACUCUUCAAGGCCGUUGAGGCUUACCUCUUGGCCAAUCCCUCUUACAACUGAAUUCUCAGACAUUAAUAUCAAGAUAAUAAAAUUGAGGUGCCUAUAAUUCGACACCUUAAUUAACAAGUGCUCUUAAGCAUAGAACCAAAAAUCAAGUCAAUCUGGUUCAUGAAACUGGUAUAAUUAUUGAACCAGCAGUAUCUUCACUGGUUCUACAAA